CCCCAAGUGAGUGUCGCGUGCUGUGUUUUCGUGUAUGCGGUCUGACGGAGCUGUCAAAUGGAUAUUAUUCCUGCAGCAGAAUAAGGCUUCACUGUUAGUCCGAGGAUUAAAAGGAGAUGAGAAUGGGGUCUCGGAUCAAGGACAAGCCUAAGAAGAUCUUUGAGGCUUACAUAGAGGUGACGUACUCUAAGACAAAAGGACCAGAGAUAUGUUGGAUUUUCCCAGAGAACUAUGCUGACCAGGAAAUGUUGCAGACUAUGCCCAAGUUUUGUUACCCUUUCAGUAUGGACAGUCUUGCAGUAAGACAGGUGGGGCAAAACUUCACAUUUGUCCUGACUGAUGUUGAGAGUAACCAGCGAUUUGGCUUCUGCCAACUUUCAGAUGGGGCUCAGAGUGUCUAUUGUUUUCUCAGUUAUCUGCCAUGGUUUGAAGUGUUCUACAAGCUGCUGAAUGUUCUGGUUAGCUACAUUAAUAAUGGACAGGAUAGCUUAAAGAAGCAAUUGUUGGAGUCUCUACAUGCAUUACCCAUUCCUGACCCUGGAAUGUCUGUAUACUUGAAUAUGCAUGUCUGUUUUACCGUGCCUAAUCUGAGGGAGUUGCCAAGAAUACCUGAAAAUAGAAACCUGACAGAGUAUUUUGUAGCAGUAGAUGUAAACAACAUGCUUCAUCUUUAUGCAAGUAUGCUGUUUGAACGGCGAAUUCUAAUCAGCUCCAGCAGUUUGAGUACUUUAACUUCAUGUGUACAUGGUGCGGCAGCCCUGCUGUAUCCCAUGUAUUGGCAGCAUGUUUAUAUCCCAGUUCUACCACAGCAUCUGCUAGACUACUGCUGUGCUCCUAUGCCAUACCUUAUAGGAGUUCAUGCAAGCCUGAUGGAGAAGGUGCAGGCUAUGGCUUUGGAUGAUAUUGUAAUUCUAAAUGUGGAUACCAACACAAUAGAGACUCCAUUUGAUGAUCUCCAGAACCUUCCUAAUGAUGUGGUGUCAGCUUUAAAGAAUCGUCUCAAAAAAAGUUCCACUACAAUAGGAGAUGGGGCAGCACGAGCGUUUUUAAAAUCUCAGGCAGCUCUAUUUGGCAGCUACAGAAGUGCUCUGCGCAUAGAACUGGAUGAGCCAAUUACAUUCAAUGAGGAUGCAUUUAUUACUCACAGAUCUAACACAAUGAGACAUUUUCUCCAGAAUGCCACACAGCUUCAACUCUUCAAACAAUUUAUAGAUGGACGUUUGGAAUUGCUGAACUCCGGUGAAGGCUUCAAUGAUGUGUUUGAGGAGGAGAUUAAUAUGGGUGAAUAUGCUGGUAGUGAUAAAGUAUACCAUCAGUGGCUUCUCACAUUUAAGAAAGGAGGGGGAGCCAUCUUUAACACUGUGAAGACAAAAGCAAAUCCUGCUAUGAAAACUGUCUACAAGUUUGCAAAAGACCAUGCCAAAAUGGGCAUCAAAGAAGUAAGAAGUCGUCUUAAGCAAAAGGAGAUGACUGAGAACAGCACGUCCAGCAGCAAAGAUGACUUUACGUCCACCCAUUCAGGUUCUACACAAAGAAAAGAUCCACACACAUGGGAGCAGAAACGACCAAUUACAGUUCACUGUGGACAGUCUUUCCAUCCUUGGCUGCUAGCAGCAAAGAGACCACACAGCAAUUUGGAUUUUGAGGGCAGCCAUGAACAUUCUGUGCACCCUGCACGUCACUACACUGUGUUUCUGUGUGAAGACUCCUCUGGUGAUGAGCUGUCACAAGAUGAUGACUUCAUGUCUGCUUUUCCUGACCACUUCCUUCUCUCCUCACCCUUUGAAUGGUCUCAGUCAUACCAAUCUCUGAAGGACAAAGAGUUUGUGGAAAAGAAAGUGGAAGUGGAAACUGAGUGUUUCCGUGGUAACACAACCAUGCAUGGGCCAAUACAUUCCAAGUUUUCUGAGCUAAGUCUUUUAGAUGAUUCCUUCAGCAACCAGCAGAAGAAGGCUCCAUAUUCACUACAUACUUUAAACACACACUCAGGACAACGCCAAGAGGAACUAAAUUUGGUCUGCAAGCCAGUUGAACAGCAUGGUAACAUCAGCUACCAGCACAUGGAGUAUAGUGGUGAUGAAAAUAAUCAGACUUUUCUGGGCCUAAAACACUCUAGUUACAACAAAUCUUGGAGCCAGAAGCUACCAGACAGUGUGGCCUUUUCCAACAAAGAUUCGUCCUCCUUUAAUACACCAUUGCCGGUGCUACCACUGCAACCCUGCACUCCCAGCAAGGAUAGAGCUUCCCCUGCCCCAGGGAUGACCAAGAAAAUGAGUACAAGUGUUCCACGGCCACACGCACAGGAAAAAAUAUCGGAACCAGGACCUGUGCUUUCACCAACAGUGACUUUGCUGCAAGGUCUGAGACAGGGUGAAAAAGAGGUGGAGGAAAGUAUAAAAAGGCACCUGAUUCAACAGACUCUCCAUUCAUCUUCUCUGACAGAGUCUCAACCACUAAGUACAGAUUCAGAACCUGACCUGCUCCACCUGCUAGACCCUCUAAAUGGAGAACGAGAGCCCUUUAAAGCAUCCCUUCCACCACAGCCAACUCUUACUCCAUUUCAAGGCCAUCACUCUCUUAACCCAUUUACUCAGGUCCCCCACUACUUCCUCCAAAAAAUCUAUAACCCUGUUCCUCCAGAUGACCCCUUUAGCAAUGCCUGCUUUUCACCACAAUCUACUGCCACAAUUUUUCAUACUCCACUGAUGUUUAAUCAGACUUCUCCUGUCGGUAGAACCACAAUGAAUGGGGCAUGGCCUGUUGACAGAGCCUCACCAGCUUCAAGGAGUAGCACCUCUCUAUACAGUCUGAUUGAUUCUCCAACCCCACCCUGUCUAUCCCAGGCUCUAUCCCCCAGUCACCUGCCAGAAAAAUCUAAUGACCCCUUCAGUGACCUUCUCACCAUGGCAACAUCAUCCACUGUUAUCACUACACAAACAAAAAGGAAAAUGGAAGAACUUCAUAGAAAAUGGGAGACUUUUGACUAAGUGAUCUGACUUCUCUCCUAACCAGUAAACAUAAGUGAUAUUUAAAUUGACAAUCUAUAUCUCAACCAGGUUAAAGAUUUACUUUGUACUCUUAGAUUAAAGUUUCAGCUAGUAUAUCAAUGAGCCAGGUGUUUUGACACUGGGCAGUCCAAAUAUUAACCACAUUAUCCUAUCUGGACAACAGUGAUCUUGCUUGUUAAUACUUGUUUUUCUGCUAAGUACUACAUUUGAAGUGCACAAAAGUUUUAUUCUGAUUUAAAUGAUAGUACAAGUAAUCAUUUGAAAUAAGUAAAUACACUGUUAAUUAAACAGCUCAGACAAAAAAAUACACCAAUAUGUUACAGAAAACAUUACUGUUCAUUAAUUUACAUUUAGUCAUUUGGCAGACGCUCUUAUCCAGAGCGACUUACAUUUUUAUCUCAUUACACAUCUGAGCAGUUGAGGGUUAAGGGCCUUGCUCAAGGGCCCAACAGUGGCAACUUGGUGGUUGUGGGGUUUGAACAGGGGAUCUUCCGAACCGUAGUCCAAUGCCUUAACCACUGAGCUACCCCUGACCCUGACAUUAAUGGUUUUUAGAUUAAAAUGCAGUCAGUUUUCAAUUAAAUUUGGGGACUAAAUCCCUGCUUCCCCUAUAAAGCAAAGCUAUAUAAAGGCCAGCAACAACUCUUCUAACCCUAAUCAAAAGUUGUUCCAUUGAUUAGGUUUAAAGUGCAAAUAUUCAAGAGAAUUUAACACAGAUCGACAAGCAAAUAACUUGCAAGCAAAGCAUUUUGCUUUUGAGUCCCUGUCACAUGAAAUAUUGAAAAUUAAUGUUCAGAGAUGGUGAUUUAAAUCAGUUACUUGGUCCAAAAUGUAUGUCAAUAUUUAUGGAAAACUGCGCUCCAAAAUCCAUAUGACAUUUUGAAAUCAAGAAGAAACAUAAGUAUUUAAUAAAAAUAAAAAAAAUUUCCCUCUGCCACACAUAAUACCUUGUAAUAAAAGUAAAAAAAAUAUAUAUAUAUUUUAAUAAAUAUAAUAUAUAUAUAAACAUAAUAAAUCUGGUAUAUUUGCAGAAUGUACUGCUGCUUGAGUUGUCCUAGUGGUAAUUAUUAAAUUAAACACUACAAAUUAGAUCAUAAAAUUCUAAUGUGUGUGAGAUGUAUGCUUUUUAGAUACUUUUUUAGAUCCCUAUAUUAAGUUGUCAAAUUUAUUAAAUAAUCCCAACAUUUAUGUCAGAGACCUUGAUGGGCCUAGUCAACAUUUUGGUGAAGAAAAAAUAUAUUGUUACUGUAUUUAAAAUUAUUAUUCAAUUUAUAUAAUUUAAAAAACUGUUUUCCCUGGUUACCCCAAGCUCACACACUAAGGUGUGAUGUGCCAUAAUGCACAGUUAUCAGUGUAAGCAAUGUGGUGACUAUCAAAUGGAAUUGAGACAUGUAGAUACAGUUUAUUUCCUUUACUUUGAAACAUAAUAUUCUUGUUUCAGAAAUUAAUUCCAUUGUUUUCUGGUUCCAGAUAUUCAUUCAUACUCUUAGUUCCUGAGACAGUUGGUGACAUUCACCAUAUGAGGAGUAUAAACAGUUCGCCAGUUGAACUACCUUUGUUCUAUAGCAUAAGGCCAUGGUGAACAAAAAUAAAGUUAGGCAAACCAACAUGUACUUAGCAUUUAAGGGCAACUACUACCAAUGUCACCUGUGGGUAUGCACUGUGUGGCCUUUUUAGUAUUUGUUUUAAAAUUUUACCCAAAGUACUGUAUAUAAACUGUACAGUAAAAUUCAUACAGAUCAGAUGAGACAGUGGUUUUUCUCUUUAUUGUUUGAGAGAAAUAUUGUAUAACUUUUGCUGAAAGCAUGUUGCUCUUUACUUAUUUUAAUUAAUUAAAAAGUUAAGGCAAUAACAUGCUAAUUUCACGAUAUUGCUUAUGUGUACAUUUUCUUUUGCUAGUCACUAAGUUAUUAACAAAAAAAACAACAGUUAAAUUUUAAUCAUAUAGAUGAUUAAAUUUUAAUAAUCUAGAUUAAACUCUGAGCGACCUUAAUCAGGUGUCCCUAUGAUGUCUUUUGUUAUGUCCAUAAAACUUGGUCUUUAGGAAGGGCAUUGUCUUAUAAUAGAUUUUUGCUCAUGUUUGCUUUAUUGUAAUCUUAUAUGAGGAAAUAGUAGAUGAAUAUAACUAUAUUUAAUAUAGUUUUACUUGCUGUUUUUUUGCAGUACACACGUAAAGUGUUCUGCAAGCAUUAUAAAUGAUUGCAUGAACAGCUUAUCCCUGAAUUCUUUAAUGAGAUUAAUAUAAGCCAAAUCAUUGUUUAACAACUAAAAAUAGUGAAAUAAAACAUAAUUUGGCAUGUCUAUGACUUUGAGUUGUGCACACCAUCAGCUGUCAGUACACAAAACUAAUUAAUUAAUUAAUGAAAUGCUAUAGGGCAUUCUGAAUCAAGUGCUGUUUUAUAUGCCUCCUAAUAAUUAGAAUGGAAGCCAUAUAUAGUUAAACUUUAAACUUAAUUUUUGAUUGCGAUUAGUGUGAUAAUCACACUAAGGAAAAAAUUAAGAGGGACAAUGUUGUGCCUAAAAAGCCAUGCAAAGGUCAUGUGCAAAGACAUAUAGAUAAAGCAGAGUUAUAUUAAUUCUGCUAAGAGAGGUGGUUAAAAAAAAAAAAAAAAAAAAGUCCAGCCAUGUAUUGUAAAAUGCUUGUGGAUGCCAACUGGAGUUUGAUUAAACUUCCGAAAAUUAAAAGGAAAAGUCACCAAAGUAUGAAAAAAAAUAAUGUGGACGUUCUUAAUGUCCACAUUAUUUUAAAUUUUAAGACAGACUUUAAAUUUAAGAUAAUGAAAAAUCUUUUCUUAGCAAUUAUUUUAUAAUAAUACUCUUUAUAGCACCAACGUAAGUACCAUAAUUAAAUUAUGAUACUAUAUGGCAUAAAUCCAUAAAUGCCAUUUAAAUCAUAAGCGUAACCCUUAAACCUUAAACAUUAUAAUCAAUGUAACUGAUUGUCAGGAAGAAAAAAAAACUUUCAAGUAAACAGGUGAUUAGUAUUAUGCUUUAUAUACCUGACUUACAUUUACAUUUAUUUUGUUGCUUUGCUUUCUGUCCUUGGGUUCACAAUUCAGUCUUUGCAUUUACAAACCCAAACCUGUUUUUAUGAGGAUGGGCUUAGCACUCCUCAGUCACAGAGCAAGUAAUUGACAUAUGACUGGACAGAAGUCAAAUAUUCCAGUUGUUUCAUACACACCACCCACAGUGUUCCCAGGAUAGACUCUGGAUCAACCACAACCAUGACCAGAAUAAAGCAGGCACAGAAUUUAAAUGAAUGAAUAACACAAAAACACGACACUGUAACUUCAAAUGCAACAACAGUCUUUUCUAAAAAAUACUGUUCCUGGUUAACCUUGGUCUAUUCUCCAGGGGAUGAUGAGCAUCAAAAAUCUUUCUCCACUGCGUAGCUGUCAACAUGGCCGGUGGUGGUGUCACGUCAGACCGGUGUUAUUAAGAAUUUAGCAACCCUUGUCCCUACUUGAGGACUAUUAUUUUAUAGCCUUCUUUUUUAUAUAAACAUAAAGCAAAUUUCAUGUUGUAUGUUAGUAGUUUGCAAUCAAACACAGACGUUAAAUUAUAAAAUGUAUUGUUAGAUGUUUUAUUGCUUAGUUGUUACUCAGGCAUAUUUCUAUAAUUUUACCUUUUGCCCUGUUUUCAGAGUCUGUGUAAUAGCUAGAAUUACCACCUUAUGUUUAAUUAAAUAAAAUAUUCCACUUAGAAAUGUAUAUGACAAGUUCCUCAGUGGUCUUGUUCAGACAGUAGUUUACAGCCAUGGUCAAAAGUUUUGAGAAUGACAAAUAUAAAUUUCCCAAAA